UGCCUGUCCUCAGUUCAGCCUCGAAGCUCGUACAGGAAAUACAGUCUGUCUGUCUCUGGAUAAAGAAAUUUAUUUGUUGACAGUUAAGUUGUAGAUUCUGAAGUUCAGAAUGAAGAUGUUGGUUUUUCUGGCCCUCCUGGGUCUACACAGCGCGGCGGCAGUGAUUCACUCUCUGAAGUAUUUCUACACUGGGUCCUCUCAAGUCCCAAACUUCCCAGAGUAUAUGGAUGUUGGGAUGGUUGAUGAAGUUCAGAUAAGUUACUGUGACAGCAACACCAAGAGAAAUGAACCCAAAGCAGACUGGAUGAACAAAGUCACAGCAGAUGAUCCACAGUACUGGGAGGAUAUGACUCAGACCUGUUUGGAUUCCCAGCUGACCUUCAAAAACAACAUUGAAACUGCAAAGCAGCGCUUCAACCAAACUGGAGAUGUCCACAUUUACCAGCAGAUGUACGGCUGUGAAUGGGACGAUGAGACUGGAGUGGUUAAUGGUUUUAAUCAGUAUGGUUAUGAUGGAGAAGACUUCAUAGUAUUGGACCUGAAGACAGAGACAUGGAUCGCUCCAAAACAACAAGCUGUCAUCACCAAACACAAGUGGGAUCAUAAAAAAGCUUUUAAAUCACAGACAAAGAACUACCUCACCCAGGAGUGUCCUGACUGGCUGAAGAAGUAUGUGAACUACGGGAAGAGCUCUCUGAUGAGAACAGAGCGUCCCACACUCUCUCUCCUCCAGAAGACUCCCUCCUCUCCAGUCAGCUGCCACGCUACAGGUUUCUACCCUCACAGAGCCACGAUGUUCUGGAGGAAAGAUGGAGAGGAACUUCAUGAGGACGUGGAACACAGAGAGAUCCUCCCCAACCACGAUGGAUCCUUCCAGAUGAGUGUUGACCUGAAACUUUCAUCAGUCAAACCUGAAGACUGGAGGAAGUACGAAUGUGUGUUUCAGCUCUCUGGUGUGAAGGACGACAUCAUCACCAAACUGGACAAAGCAGUGAUCAGAACUAAUGAAGGUAAGACUGGAAUCAGAAGUGAUGGAGGUUCUUCAGAGUUUCCUGUUGGUGUUGUCAUUGGAGUUGUUGUCGUACUGUUGCUCCUGGUAGCCGCCAUCAUUGGAUACGUCCUCUGGAAAAAGAACAAGGACAAGGAUGGGUUUAAACCUGCUAACACUUCAGACACUUUUUCAUCUUCAUCUUCAUCUUCAAGCUCAAGUUCCAGUUCCUAACUGAUGACAGAACAAGUGAAAAGUAGAAGAUGGUGAACUCCUCUCCACCAGGAAUAAGGAACAUUGAAGACAGACGCCAAAUUCUCCUGUCCAUCUGUAAACUGUGAAUAACUUGAUUAUUAAUCAUUCAUGUCAAAUUUAGAAUUAUAAUUGGAGAUUUUAAAUGUUAAAAUCUUGUCAUAGGUAAUUAUUGAAAUUGGAUUACUAAGAAAACCAACUUAAAAAGGCAUUUUUGUGCUACAAUCAUGUUUUGAAUGAGUGAUAUUUUCUUAUCUGGAGAGAAGUGAAAAACAACCAAAGCAUCAUUGUGCUCUUUAUACAUAAACAACACAUUUUGAGGUUUUGGUGUUUAUGUAAAACAAUCCACAUAAUCCAUAGUUGGUUUUAUGUAGUAAAAUCACACACACACAUACAUUCACAUUUUCAUAUACAUGUACUCCUGGGGUUGGACUGAUAUGAAAUAAGCUGAUUCUUCUGUUUCUAUCCAGAUAUCUAUUCUUUGUUUCUCUGGUUGUUUUAGGUCACUGCAGAUCAAUUAUCAGGAGCUUUAUGAUAAAUUGGACUUAAAGGAUUUUUGCAUCAGUUUGAACAAGUACCUUUAUAUGCCAAGUAUUGAUUUCAAUAGAUUGGCUAAAAUCACAAAUUCCCAUCUGCUUAUUUUAUCUUUAUUUAAUCGACUGGAUUUGCAGUGAUAGAAGGUCUUUUCAUAUUGGUCAACCCAUAUACUCUCAUACACAUAGAACAAGAUUUACUUUUCAGUUGUGUAAAUAUUCUGCUUGUUUAUGUCUUUAAAACUGAUGAAAGUUAAUUUUGUCCUUUUCUGUUUCUACCAAGAUUUUCUGUUUGUUUCUCUGGUUGUAUCAGGUCACUGUAGAGUUUUAUGGUAAAAUUCAUUCACUGGAUUUUUGCAUCAGUUGGAUGAAGUAUCUUGAUAUGCCUGGUAUUUAUUUUAAUGGAUGGGGUUAGAAUUAGACAAAUUCCUGUCUGAUUAUUUUAUCUAUAAUCUGGUAAUUGAAUUUGCAGAACAAUUUACUGUAUCACGAUAUACAAAUAUCUCUAUAGUGAUAUAAAAUUACAUAUACAGUGAUAGAAGGUCUUUCAUGUUGCCCACCCCAUGCACUCAAAUACACAGAAUAAACAUUUUUUUCCAGUUGUGUAAAUAUUCCCGCUUGUUUAUUUCUUUAAAAUUGUUUAAUUUAAAAUUUUAAGAUUAAUUAUUAAUAAUGUAUGUGUUUGAUACUUUUAUUAAUUAAUUUUUCUUAAUUGAGGUUUUUUCUUAAUCAGUCUUUUCCAUAUUGCUUUAUUGUGAUUUUAGUUUGAUUAGUAAAAGGACAUGGGGUUUUCUCUCUCUGAGUUUCUGUAAACAUGUGAGACAUUGAAUAGCAUGUUGCUCAAAUUCACUUCCUGUGUUGGAUUACAUUAAUGAAAUGAAAUGAAAAAUUCUGUUACACUACUGUUUAAUUGCUUUUUUAUUUUGCUUUCAAUAAAUUCCCCAAAAUUCCAAA